CUGCGAAUCUUUUAUUUUUCUACACAGGCCAUGUUUAUGUUUCCCGUUUUUCAUCUUUGUUUACAUUUAUAGCUAUCUUUUCCCCUCAUCUGAAGAAAAGGGGUCGAGGAGGGGAAAAAACUGAAUAAACCAACCACAUAUGCUGCCAGAAAGAACUCUUAUCAUCCACAGAUUCACAGAGCAACUUGUCAGACAACGAGCGGAGCACAACAACGGUGAAAUCUUCUCCUUGGAAGAAAUUUCCUUACACCAGCAGAAUUUGGAGAAGCUGGAACAUCUUGACAAAUGGUGCCGCGAUAUAAAAAUCCUCUAUCUUCAGAACAACUUGAUUCCCAAAAUUGAAAAUGUUACCAAACUGAAGAAGCUGGAGUAUUUAAAUCUGGCUUUGAACAACAUUGAAAGAAUUGAAAAUUUGGAAGGUUGUGAAGACUUACAGAAACUAGACCUGACAGCUAAUUUCAUUGGAGAGUUGUCCAGUAUCAAGGACCUGAAAAAUAAUAUCCAUCUUAGAGAGCUCUUUCUUGUAGGAAACCCGUGCACUGAUUUUGAAAGCUAUCGGGCGUUUGUGGUUGCAACUCUUCCUCAACUACAACAUUUGGAUGCUAAAGAAAUAAGGCGUUCCGAGAGGAUACAGGCGCUGCAGAACUACCCUGAGGUCAAAAAACGAAUCAAAGAACAGGAGCAGGCGUACUUUCUGAAGAGGUCCCGGGAAAAGGAGGAGGCUGAAAUACAGGCAUGGCGAAAACAGAACAAAAAGAAGGAACGAAAGGAACAGACUCCUGGUUUUGAUGGCCAAAUCAUCUAUUCCCUUGAAGACGGAGAAAACCACCCAAAGGCCGAAGGGGGGAACCAAUCCCAUGAUAUGGAGGUAGGGGAAGAGGAGGACGAAGAGGAAAAAGCUUUUUGGGAGGAGCCCGUGCCCCACACUCCAGAGGCCAGGCUAGAAGCUCACAGAUUCCUUGAAGAUAAAAAGAACGCAAAAGAAAACAGGGAACGGAAGAAGAAAGAGAAGCCCCCGAGGACUUUGAUCACUCCAGAAGGAACUGUUCUGAAUGUGAAUGCUCCCAAGCUUCCUUUCUCCUUGAAAGAUGACCAAGGAAACAACGAAUUUGUUUUGGACCUCGCCGUGUACAGACAUCUGGACACCUCUCUGUUGGAGAUUGACGUACAGCCUUCCUAUGUCCGAGUAAUGGUCAAGGGCAAGCCUUUUCAACUGGUCCUCCCUGCAGAAGUGAAACCAGAUAGCAGCAGCGCCAGAAGAUCUCAGACAACUGGCCAUUUGGUGAUCAGCCUGCCAAAGGCUAAAGAAACAAUUGUGGCUGCCCGAAAAGUACCCACAUUAAAGAACCCGUCGGAUGUCAAUAAACUGCAAGCAGAUCCUCAAAGAAACGUGUCAACCGAGAAGCUCGAGGUGGACCCAAGCAAAUAUUCAUUCCCUGAUGUGACAAACAUUGUCCAAGAAAAACAACAGAUAGGACAAGGCCCUCUUAGACUCCACCGGCAAAAAGUUGUGGCUACCAAGAGUACGCCUGAAGUAUUUGAUGAUGAUCCGGAGAUCCCACCUUUAAUUUGAAGCUCCAAUGUAGAUGUUUUAGUUGAGUUCUAGAAGGCUCUGCUCUGAGAACCCCAUAUCUUGCCUAUGGCAUGGUUUCCACAUUCAGUUGCAUAGAGAACUAAAAAUGCUUUCCUGCA